AUGCAAAGCACCUCAUCAGUGACAGAUCCCCUCUCAAUCCUCCCCCCAGAGCUGGUACUGCGCGUGUUGGAGUUUGCCACGCUCUCCACUGUCGCUUCUCUAACCGCGGUCUCCAAAGCCUGGCACCAAUUCAUCGACUUUAUCCACCAAGACGCGAUCUACUCGGUCCUCUCCGAAACCUCGCACCCUCCCGAAGCUACUUUUUCCCAGUUAUUCGAUGGUGUUCCGUCGUACAAGAGCCUAUGCGAGCGCCAGACACUUCUUGCCCGCAACUGGGCAGCCCAGCAGCCGGUCAGCCGUGAGUGUAUAUUGCAAAUUGGCAAUGAUCCAGUCUGGCGCUUCCGGGCUGACCUGAAGCGCCGCUUCAUUAUUUCUACCUCUCACGGCGGUGGCUUGAAUGUGACCGACAUCGAUUCUGGUCAGCUGUUAUGGCACCUGCCCUCGACUCUCGACACCGAUAACGAGCAUGCAGUGCGUCCGUACGCGCAUCUCGAAUACCAGGAUGGGAUGGUGGUCUUUGAUCGUGAAGGGGAUGCCGUGGAAGUAUGGCAAACCGACGUAGAAGGCGCACCGCGCGGGGAGUUCCGCCGCAUUGCUGUCUUGGAUCAUGAUUGUCAGACAAGAGGGUUUCAACUCUCAUACUGGACGCUGUGCGUGGUAUCAACGCAGGGCCAGGGCUUUGUAUACGAUAUGACCCAGCGGCCACCCAGUCUGACGACCCACCUCCAAAUUGAAAAUGACGCGGUUGGCCAUUUAGAUCAGAGUCAUGAUGCCGUGAUCUACUCCAUGGGGCCGCGAGGAUAUCAUGUCUACAAUAAGGCGUCUGGUGAAUACCUGGGCGCAUUGAAUCCAUCGCAAAGUACGGAAAAAUACCAUAUACUCCCUCCAAAAGACGAUUCUCGUUCAGCAACGGAGAGGCUCAUCCACAGUCUCGCGGGAGACAACUCACUUGGCCCAUAUUCAGGUCUUGGACCACCUUCAACGGAGCACCUGUUGCCUAUUAAGCUGGAAAAAGGCCCUCUGCCACCGCCGGAUGAUCCGGGGCAUGUGCGGAACGGUGAAGACGAAUGGGGUGCAGGUAUGCUUGAUGGCGACUUGUUUGUCGGCGUUUCUCGAGCUGGUCGAGUCUUUGUCUGUUCGAACUGGCGCAACGCAAUCCAAAGCCAGGAGAGUUUGGCGUCUUGCAGUGCCAUCAUCGAGUGCGAGUCUGACGGGUCAACACAUGACCUGGGCGGCUGGCUGUCGGUGCGCAACCACCGGCUGAUGUUCGAGGUCCAAGAGCGGGUCUACGUUGUUGCGCUUGAUGACAACAACCGUAUCCAGGACAUUGAUCAUCCGACCCGCGCAUCGUAUUCAUUAAUUACCUGCUCAACCCCGCAGCUGACUGUUCCCGUCAGUUACAUGGCUUUGUUUGACGACGCCAUAAUGAGCAUCUACACUGUAAGUCUUGGCCCCCUUGCAUAGUACACAAACUUAACUAUCCAGACACUCGGUCGCCGACAGCCCCCUCCAAACACCCCUGGGGUUGUUGAUCCUGGUGACCAGGGGGGCCCCAUGCGCAUCUUUCCAACAAAAGCCAUUCGCAUCCUGAGUUUGGCGCCUGGUGGCUUUUCUGCUCGGAGCCAGACGUCCCAGGACCCUGAUAUGUGGGAGCGCGGUGUGGAAUCUGCGGGUCCAAGUCAUCAAGAGCGCUAUGAGGCAGUGCGGACCCGGAGCCUGAGUCUCAUUCAGUUGCUCAGCAUGCUGAGAGAGGAAACCGGGGGAGCCGAGGAUGGGCUGACCGAUGAAGAGUGGGAGGAUAUGGACGAGGAAGGUGAUCACCAGUAAGGCAGCCAACCUAGCCGGCUACUUUUCCCCACGGUAUGAGAGCUUGCUU